AUGUUUCAAGCCAAGUCCAAGAAGCCUGCAAGGUAUGGACCCGAUCCGGUUAUUGCGUGGAGUCAAUACUCUCAUCAACAAGUCAGAACGCUGAUUAUCGUCAAUUCAGAACGCUGGCAUGUGAAUGCUCUACAUCGAAAGGAUAUGCGCCGGAAACUCUCCUCUCAUAUAUAAUAAAAAUUGGAAGACACAAUUCUCCACAAAUUAAUAAAUUUAGGGCUAAUUAUGGCUAGGGGCACUCCGUUCAUGAAUUCGCCUCGAGUUCCGCCAGCGUUUCCAACGAAUCUCCGCUAAUAUUUUGAUGUCAUUCGUAGUUUUCAUUCUUUUAUUAUAUACUUUUAACAUUUUUUACACAUAGAGCGUCUAGAGAUACCGAAAAAUGUAUUUUUGGCAGUGUAACUGCCGGGAAAUGAAAAAAUCAAUUCUAGUCGAAAAUUUCUGCAAUUACUGUCAAAAUCACGUUUUCUUGUAUACUUUCGACGUUUCCCUAUACUUUCGAUGAGAUUAGCACAUUUUUCCGUCUUUCUUCGGCUUUUUCUGUACUUUCAAUAAAUUUUUUUUUUAAUUAGCCGCAUAUUUUUGGGUUACGGUAUGCAGAAUCUGCAUACACCGUUGUACGCAAGUCCACAGCAGCGAAAUCGCUGAGCUGAGUAUUUAAUCCACGCAUUUUUCUCGGCCACUGUAUGAAUUGCCGGGCCGUGGGAACAAAAAAAUCCACGGAAGACGGAAGACGGAAGAAAAUUUUUUCCCGGAAGACGGAACAAAAAAUUCACGGACGGAAGACGGAAGACGGAAUUCCGCUCAACACUGAUACACACCCUAUUUUUAUUGGAAUAAUCAGAGAGACACAAAGUUCGUUCAGGUAGAAGUGAAAGUAGAAGAAGGAGUCGGAAGACGUCGCACUCCAAACACUGAAAACGACAAUAUGAGCGUGUUAAACUGCCAAAACGGUCCGUCCGCUUACCUGUCGCUUUUGUAAGUAUUGUAUAUUAUUUUCCAUAUGAACAUUCACACUUAUAUUCGUUCCGGUCCAUCGCCACAGUCGUCCAUUCGAUUCAUUUCGAUACUUGCUCUGCUCCGGACGAUCCGCACAGAUAGAAACUGAUUGAUAGUCCGUUCGGAGAAGCCACGUCACUUUUCCGAUGACCUUCCAACGGGUCACGUUUCCAAUGAAAACAAAACAUGGCAAACGUGACCGUGUUCAUAGAAAUCAACUAUGAAUGUGACUCAACUCCCCGAGGAACUCAUUAGGCGAAAGUAGACCUGGAUUUUCUCAAAAACUCAAUUAAAAAUGCGCGAUUUCUUUAUCAUCAUUGGGGUAAAUGUCAAGAUUAUGAGUCUUCUUCUUCUUCUUCUUCUUCCAGAUCCUCUUGCUCCAAAAAUGCACCGAUUGGAGCCACAAUGAACACCAAAACGUACAGAAUUCCUGAACAAUUUAGCGUUUAGCGAACAAUUCACAAAUUUAGCGAACAAUUCUACGAGGACUUUAUCAGCAUUCUGUCGCCGAAAGAGGUCUCGUUGGACUCGAGAGUUCGCGAGAAAGUCAAUGAGAACAUGGCGAGACCGUCGGCGAGCACGUUCAACGAGGCGCAGAGCGUCAUCUACAAUCUGAUGGCCCGUGACAGCUAUCCGCGAUACAUUAGCUCGCCCGCGUUUAGGGAAUUGAUGCGAGAAAAGGGCGGCAUUAUUGUGACUAACGUUGGUCCGUUCUCUUAUUUUUCUAAUUUCGAUAUUGUCGGUUUUGUUGCAGAGCACUGAUUUUUCCUGGACCUUCCGACCUUCCGACCUUCCGACCCCGAUCCUUAAGGUGAGUAGGAGCAUUGUAGCGCAUUCAGCUAUGGUCCACUUCCAAGCGUUACAGCAGGUCAGGGAGUGA